GAGCCCUGGCACACUUUGAAAGCAAUAAUACCAGGAAGUAUGGCUAUUCCCAGAAAUGAGUCACCCCGCAUCCAAUGCAGGUAAACAUGACCAUAUUUGGUAUGUAUUUUCAAAAUAAAGCUUGCAAAAACAGAAAAUGACAGUUAAGUGCUGAGUAUUUAAUCCCCAGACAGCUAGCAUAACAGACAGGUCUGCUGGGAUAUGGACAACAGAACAGAGGAACCUUUGGCUCUGAUUGUGGAUUUCAGGCUCUGAGUUUCUGCAGGCAUGUUUUGUGGGAAAGAAAAUUAUUGUGGAUGAAAAAUUGUUGAAUGAACUUUGGACAGACUUGAGUAUUUGAUUGACAUCCGAAACGACUGGAAUACUUCGCAGCACAGAAUAGGAAGCCGACAUGUUCCCCAGUCAUGGAGCAAAAUACUUGGAGAAUGGAAAAUACAUGGGAUAAUUCUCUGUCACCAGCAGAGGAAAAUAAUUCAGAGAAGUGUCUAUAGAAUAGAAGAAGCCGCAGAUACAUGAGAGAAUGGAUCUACAAAAGCUGUUGAGACAGGAGCUUACUGAACUUCAAAAUUUGUAUAAGGAUGGCAAGGAUCGAAAUGACAAUCCUGUCAAAAUUAUAGAGGACAAGAUCCGCAUCGCUUUGAAUGUACCACAGGGAUGCUGGUUUCCUGCUAGUCAUUCUCUAAAGGGUCUCAUAGAGGACAUCAGUGGACAGUUAGACACACUACAGAAUCUCUCGCUCUCAGUCAAAAUUAUUUCAGAUGAAGAUGUUUUAAGGAAUGCAUCUGGAGGUCUAGCUUUAGAAGGGAUUUACAAAACCAGCAAUCCACAGGACUUGCUGGCAAAAAGAGAGCAGCUCAUUGAGGUUCCAGAUUCAUUUUCAAUUACUGGUCCGCAACAAAGUGCCAUUUAUGGGCAGAAAGAGUUUUCAUCCCAAAAGUCCCGAACUGUUUAUCAGGAAGUCAUGGAGAAACUGGGCUUAAGCUUCAGCGACUUGGUAAAGGCAGGAUCCCUGGGCAUUGAAGAGGAAAUCAAAUUAAGCGAGAUAGAGGAAAACAGUGCUCAUUUAAAUGAAGAGACAUACAUCUGCAACACAAAGUACAGCUACAUCCCACUAGCUUCCAGCAUUAUUGAGAAAAAUCAAGUCAAACUUUCCUCUAGAGCACUACAUGCACUUAAAGACAUUGAAGCAGACAUUAUGCAUAGUAAAGACAGUGAAACAGUAAUUUCUAGAAUUGCCAAAUUCUAUGACAGAUUUGGUUCACAUGUGAACCAGGGCCCUAUACACUUUGGAGGGAUUUUCUGGUGGAGAGCUUCUGCUGCAGUCCUCAGUAGUGAUGACCUGUCAGAUAUUAGGAGGUUGACAUCAGAGGCUCUGAAUGAUUUUGUCAGUUCUGUAUAUAAUGGGCUUUCUCAAAAAUCUUCAAGCAGAGGAAUAGCAUCCUCUCCACAGCUGAAAGGGUCUUCCACUGGAAGAUCCGAUGAAGCACUGAUGAGUCAAGUUGGACUGUCAAUCAGUAAAACUGGUGGUCCUGCUGAAGUUGAUGAUCACUUGCAGUGGAAGUCCCAUCUUGUGACCAGUAACAGAACCUGGAGUGUUAUUGAUAGAGGAACAACAAUGAUUCCUGUCUGGGAAAUACUCAUAGCAGCUCAUAAAGAUGACUUCAAAGACGUUUUGAAUUUAAGAAAUAUAUUAAUGGAAGCAUACACAAAUAUCACAAAGAUAAAUGUGGAAAAGGUGUUGGAAAAGGAUACAAACAGAGUCAUUUCUGCUGCCACCAGGCCUCAGGCCAACCUGAUACAAACAGAAUUGACAACAUCCAUGGAUGAAGACAGAAAGGUAUCAUCAAAAGUAAAAGGAAAAGGACUGCAGCUCAUAAAAGAAAAUACAAACAGAGUCAUUUAUGUUACUGAAUUCUCAGGGCUAACCAGUAUUCUGGAGUGUGCCAAAGAAGAAGUGUUAUACUGCAGAAACACCCUCAGUUCUUCUGAAAAAUUACAAAGUGCCAAAAUAGAAGCCACACAGACUAUAACCUUAUCACUGAAUUCACUCUGUAAGACGUGGAGAGACAAUGAUCAAGAUGAAGCUGAACUGUUGGUGCUUUCCAUAAUCACUGUCUUAGGAUACAGUAUGGAAACUAAUACAUUUGAUCAUGCUCUGAAUUGGAAAGAAAUAAACUUCUUGCAGACUAAAUUGCAGCAUGCAUAUAGCAUGUACUCUUCUCUGAAAGAUCAGUGUGCCACCAGGGCUCAGGCCUACCUGUUACAAACAGCACUGACAACAUCCAUAGAUGAAGACAGCAAGGUACCAUCAAAAGAAAAAGGAAAACGAUUGCAGCUCAUUAAGUCACAUUUGCAGGACAAACUUUCAGUUGCCAUUCAAUCAGCAAUUGAAAACAGCCAUGGUGAUUGGCAAUGGCUAGAGAGUGCACUACAAGCUAUAGUCAUGGGGACGCAGAUGAAUGACAGAAGAGCAGAGCCAAAGGAUACAGUCUACAAGCAGGCUAAUUUACUACUGAAGCAAGUGCCAUCCUUAUCUCAGAUUCAGAUAACAGAUGAGGAAAAUACACCAGAAAAUGACACUGUAUGUAAAAAAAGAGACAGCUUCAUGAAUUUGCUUCAAAAGCUUGGUCUGAUUGACUCUUACCCCAAAAAGAUGUCACAAGCAAAUGUUCUUCUCAUUGACACUUUAUCUCUUAGUGUAAAUCAACCUAGUUCGGAGAAAGAGCUAAGCUCCCACUAUCUCUACAAGCUCACGAUGUUGGAUUACAGAGCCAGGUACAUGUUUAUAAAGCAUAACACAAGUAGCAUGGAUUUAGAGGAUGCUGGAGCCACUGUUGACAAUGAUGAUUUUUUUGAUUUUAGUGACAACAGUUUCCUGGAUGUGAGCUGCACAGAGACACAGAUUCAUCCAAUGGAUGUUCACAUGGCAGUUUUCCAUUGUGCCAAUGACUUCUUGCGACAGUACAUUGUCAAAAAGCUCUCUACUUGCCAAUUUGCAAUUCCCUUCCUAGUACCUGACCCCUGUACGGAGGAGGUUGAAUUCCCCUUCUGGGUCCUGCAAUACAUCAGUAAAUCAUGGCAAAGUAACACAAAUUCUACAGCUGACAGUCCUGGAAAGUACAAGAGCAGAAAAAUGUCCUGCACACCAGUCCCAGUUGUUUCCUUUAUUAGACUAGGUGAGUCAAAUUACAACUCCAAGUCCCAAAUAAUGAAUGGUGUCAUUAGCAAACAGAAGCACAGUGUAUUUUUUCACCGCCAUUGCAAGGGAAGCACCAAAGACAGCUUGCUCAUGAAUGGAGUUGUGGAGAUUGCAUGGUACUGUCCAGGAGGGAAGGAAGAUGACAUAUUCGAUGACUGUGUGGCCUUUCUGAACCUUCAUGGUGAUGCAGCAAAGCAUCAAAAACAGCUUGAGUUUCUUCAGGCAGUAAGUACUGUCAAUGUGCUUCUACUUUCAGAGCAUCCUUUGGAUGAAGCCGAAAAAGCGAUUUCCCAGAAAAUCUCUAAGUCUCCAGUCCCCUUGAUAUGCAUGUUCUCAGGCAAAGAACUCAUUCAGCGGUCAAACAAUCCUACCAGAGUUAGGCUAGCCGCAAAGAACAGGAAUCAUGCUGAAUUUACAGAAGAACUGAUUUUAAGUAUCAGACAGUGCAUUGGUGAAAAUAAACAGACAACAAGCAUUGACAUGUGCCGUCAAAUUGCAAUUAAGCAACAGUUCAAAGUGAAUGAAGUUCACAAAACAUAUCAAGAAGGUUAUGAACAGGCUCAGACAUUAAUUAGUCUUUUGAAGGAGAACUCAUUCACUCUGAGAGAGAAGCUUUUGCCCCUUCAGGGUGAUUUGUGGCAUGAAUGGUGUAGGAAAAACAAAGAGCAGUUUCGCUUGCAGUGCAAAGAAAAGGAAAGCAUUGAACAGCAGCUGAGUGAAAUCUCAGCUAAUAUGGAAGCAAUCAGACAGAGACAGCUAUACAAGGCCACACCUCUCAACGACUUUGUAAGAUCAUUCAUAGAUUGCUUAAAUACACCUAAUACUUCCCAAGACACAAAACUGUACACAUUGAAGUGGCUCACAAUCUUCCUGGAUGAUCUUACCACUGAUGUACUUGCAGAGCUUGAAGUGGACUAUAAAUCAACCUGGAGAAAAAUGAGAGAAGUACCAAAGGACAAGGAAAAAACAUCUCAUGUCAAUCAAAUGCAAUCAAACCUCAACAACAUAUCUGACAAAAUGGCUGCAACAACCAUUAGCCUCCAGCAUCUUAUGAGAGAGGUUGGUCAACUGUAUGAAGCCAGUCAAACAACACCAAAAGCACCAGGACCAACAAAACAGUUCUCCACUAUUCUGCCUAAAAUUGGGGCAGAUAUGCUGGUUUAUGGGUGUCCACUUGAGCUUAUGGAUGGAGAUGCUGCCCAUGUGCCUUUAACAUGGAUUGAAGCGGUUUUGGAUGAACUUGUUAAUAUUCUUGGAGACACAAAAUUAUUUGUUCUGUCCAUUCUAGGGCUUCAAAGCUCUGGGAAAUCCACACUGCUGAACACCAUGUUUGGUGUUCAGUUUUCUGUGAGCGCAGGAAGGUGCACCCGUGGAGCCUUCAUGCAGCUCAUACCGGUGGACUCCAGCAUCAGAAAUCAACUUGGAUAUGACUUUGUCCUCAUUGUGGACACAGAAGGUCUCCGAUCACCAGAGCUUGGUACAAAGAUAUCAGUGAGCCAUGACAAUGAGCUUGCCACAUUCAUCAUUGGACUUGGUGAUUUAACUGUAAUUAACAUUAUGGGGGAAAACCCAUCUGAAAUGCAGGACAUCCUUCAGAUUUGUGUACAGGCUUUUUUGCGAAUGAAACAGGUCAAAAUUGAACCAAGUUGCAUUUUUGUACAUCAGAAUGUUGCCGAUGCAUCGGCUGAAGAAAAGAACAUGGAAGGGAGAAGACAUCUCCUGCAGAAACUUGAUAAUAUGGCUACCAUAGCAGCAAAGGAAGAGAACAUUGAUGGCAUUAAUGAAUUCAGUGAUGUAAUACAGUUUGACAUUGAAUCCCAAGUAUUCUACUUCAAGAAUCUUCUGGAGGGGGAUCCUCCCAUGGCCCCACCAAACCCUUCCUACAGUCAGAAUGUGCAAGAGCUGAAGACCAAGCUGCUAACAAUUGCAGAGUGGAAACCAGAGCAUACAUUUUCCUCAUUUUCAGAAUUCAGAUCACGGGUUGGUGACAUUUGGAAAGCACUUUUACAAGAGAACUUUGUUUUCAGUUUUAGAAACACAGUUGAAAUGAUGGUGUACACUUCUCUGGAAGAAAAGUAUGCAGCAUGGACAUGGGAGCUGAGAAAAUGUGCUCUGGAGAUGCAGAGCAAUCUGUGCAACCAAAUUGACAGCAAUUUGAUUCAGGACGUGAAUGUACCAGACCUGAUGGAAGAUUUUAACAAUCAAGUCUACAAUCAACUGCAACAAGAGAUACAGAAGUAUUUCACAGAAGACAAACAUCGAGAAACUCUAAUAACAUGGAGGGCGAACAUUGACACACGUUUCAGCAACCUAAGAACUGAGCUCAUUGGUGGGACAGUAAAGAAAUGCAAAGAACUAGUUAUCUUCAAGAAAAACAAAUCAGCACUAGACCAGAAAAAAACUGAAUAUACAGCACAGUUAACCAAGCAGAGCAAAACCAUAGCAUCCAAUCUAAAAACACAACGCCUUGAUGACAUGCAGGUGACUAAAGAAUUUGACAAACUCUGGCAGAACUGGACAGCUGAAGUGGCCAAAGCAUACAUCCCCAAUGAGUGUGUGAAUGUAAAGGCUGUAGUGGAGACAAUCCUCCUUAAACACUUUGAAAAACAGCCAAAUGUCAUGCAUAAAAUAAAAGGUGAAACAGGAAAGUUUGAGUUUGAAAAGAAAAUACAUUCUAAGUGGACAACAUCAUGGAGGCAAGUUCUACAAGACGUGAAUUAUGCUGUCACAAAAUAUGUUGAUGCAAAAGAAAAGAGCAAGGAAGAUUUUAAUGAAAGCUUCAUCUAUGAGAUAUUAAAAACUAUUGAGAUGACCAUUGCUGACCAUUGCUCCACAGGCAUGCUUAAGUUCAUAAAUGAAUUCAGGGCAGACCUGUCUAUUCAUAUUUGCCUGAAAUAUGUUUCAAGCUUUCAGAGGAUGCAGGAAACCUUUAAGACAUCAAACCAUCCACUGACAUAUCUGGAAAGCCAAAGAGACAACUAUCUCCAAGCAUUCAGAAACUAUUGCAAAGGAGCAAAUUCUGUAACAAUAUUUGUUGAUUUUCUCUGUAAACACAUCAAGCCAGGAGUUCUGGAUGGAGUGAAUGAUAAAACCAGUCAGCACAUUGCAGGUGAAAUGAAAUCCAACAAUCCAGCAUUCAACAGCAAUAGGUCAAAUCUUGAGAAUCACAUAAUGAAACAUCUGGCAACUAAGACGGACUUCAGCUCAUUUGCUGAAUACAUUGACUUCCCAAAGAUAUAUUUUGAAAGAUUUAUCCAAGAAAAGACGGAUAACUUUUGCAGUGAUACUGGAAAACUGCGUAUGAUGCAUGAGGAAAAUCUUGGAAACCUCAAAAAUCUGAUUUUAUCAGCAAGCACAGAAGCAACCAGAGAAGUGGAAGAUAAGAAAGGAAAUGCAUCCAUGUGGCUUGACUGCUUCUGUAAAACAUUGGGGGAGCACAUGGUAAUAAACAGAAAUGAUUUGCAUACCAUUGAAAAUGAAGACAUUGAAGACUGGCAGUUUUUCAAAGAUGUGAUGGCCAAGUCUCUCGAUGAAAUUCUGAAGGAUGAAAAAGCAAUUGACAUGGAAACUUUGAGAAAGAAACCAACUGAAUACCUCUUCAACCAGCUGCAGGGGUGCUGGGCUCAGUGUCCUUUCUGCAAAGCCAUCUGCACAAACACCAUCCCUAACCAUGAUGGAGAACACAGUGUAACGAUCCACCGUUGUGAUGCACUUGCUGGCUGGCACUACAAGGACACAGAUCAUUUUUCAGUCAAUUUCUGCGCCACAGCAGUCAGCAGUGAUCAAAAAUUCACUCCUCGUUGGAAUGAGAAUGAGAUUAUCCCCUACAAGACUUACAGAAAAGCUGGAGACCCUUACAAUAAAUGGAACAUUACUCCAGAUGGCAGUGUGCAGCGCUACUGGAAAUGGUUCAUCUGUCAAUUUCAGGAACAAUUAGAGAAUAAAUAUAAAUUUAAAUUUGUGGGUGCUGGUGCAAUCCCAAAUGAAUGGAAAACAUUCACAAAAGAAUCUGCUUUGGAAGAGUUAGAAUAAUUGAGGAUGAGCACACAUGCACCCAGUUUGCAUAACGUCAUUUAGUCUGCCAUUGAAAUUUAACUACAUGUUAUGCAGAGUUACUUAAGUUAAUGUUUUUAUAUACUGCAGAACAAUCUGCUAAUCUAACUGUUUUACUGGAGGUGAAAGGAGUAUGAAAAGUCCUGCUAAAAUGAGGUCCUGAACAUUUUGACUGUUUUUUUUGUGCAUACAAUUAGAUAAACCUGAGAGAAAAAAACAAAAACUUUAUUUUUGACAUAAUAUAACACUUCUUUCUUCAUAUUUUAGAGUGAAUUUUUACAAAAUCACCAAUACCACAGAAAGAACAGUAAUCAAACAGCUAGCCUAGCAUAGCAGCAGAUACAAAAAACAAGGUAAGCGACAGUUUGCAGGACAAAAAAGGUCAGCCAGGGAGGGACUUUCUGAAGGAGGGACUAAAAACAAAAAUUGAGGACAUUCAUCAACAAAAUAGAGAGCAGAGAUUGAAUAGGGUGGAGAAGCUUCUGUGGUUGGGACGAGUGCAAACCAAUCACCCGGAUGGCAGGAAGUGCAAGUCGCCUAUUGUCCUGUUGGCUGCAGAGUGUAGGACUUUGAACCUGACUCUGGCAGAAACCACAGACAACCACAGAAAGCAGACAACAGAACCACAGAAAACAGACAUUUGACUAUUUUGAUAUAUCAGAAUGACUCAGAAAUUUUGCAAAAAUAAUGUGAUCACAUCAAUAAUCUUCAAUGUUCAUUGUGCAUGUAUAUGUUAAUUCUUUUUUAAAAUCUAUAUUUGAGGAAUAUAAAACAUUUUAUCAAAAUGUGGCAGCCCUACCAUAGGUCAUUCUAUUUUUUUUAUUUUUUUUUUUACAUUUAAUUAACAAAGUGUAAUUCUCUUUUCAAUAUAUAUCAAAGUGUGAUUUUCUUAGAUUUGUUGAGUUUUCUAUAUUAAUGAAUGCAAUUGUAUAUUAAUUAGAACCUGUUCUACAUUAUGACAUAACCAUAUAUAACCAGCAAACAUGCAAAGGAACCUCCCUAUCAAAGACAUUAGGGAUGAAUAAAUGCUUGCAAAGAUGAACAAGAUUCAUAGAUGAUUGGGAGUAGAAAUAACGAAAAUGUCUUAUGAUUUACUUUUUAUUAUUUUUAAGUAUUCAGUAGUUUGACUUGUAUUAUCCAUAAGGGUUUUAUGUAAUUUUAGAUACCUUUAUUGAACUGUCAAAGUGUUCAUAGAAAAUGUAUGUAUGAAUUACAAUUAAAUUAAAUGAUAUUCCAACUU